UGACCGGUUUCCGGCCGGUGGUAGUGCACCGGCUUCCAGGAGACGUGUAACGGACGGUGGGCGGCAGCCAUGGCCGAGAGGAAACCUAACGGUGGCGGCGGUCCCGCCAGCACCUCCUCAUCGGGCACUAACUUACUUUUUUCCUCCUCGGCCACGGAAUUCAGCUUCAACGUGCCCUUCAUCCCAGUCACCCAAGCCGCCGCUGCCUCGGCCUCCUUGCUCCUGCCCGGAGAGGAUUCCACGGAUGUCGGUGAGGAGGACAGCUUCCUCGGUCAGACUUCGGCUCACACGUCUACCCCACAGACAUUUAGUUACUUCUCUCAGGUAUCAAGCAGUAGUGAUCCUUUUGGGAAUAUUGGACAGUCACCGUUAACGACUGUGGCAACGUCAGCUGGGCCCUCCGCAUUCUCCAAGUCCCCUGCUGCUCUCCCUUUUACAACUGGACCCCAAGAUGGGUUGAAUGCGUGUUCACCGCCCAUUUCGAAGGCUCAGUAUGGUGCUCCACCUUCACAGAUGGGAAUGAAUGCUUACCUGCCUUCUCAGCCGGGUAGUCUCCCUCCUUCCAAUUUUGGGAGCCCACCGCAAGGAGCACCCCAACAAGGACACAAUCCGUAUCGUCAUACCCCUGUGAGCAGCAGGGCCAAUCCUUACAUUGCACCACCGCAGCUGCAGCAGUGCCAGACACCAGCCCAUCCCGCCCAUCCUCCAGCCCCGGGCCCCCCCGUGCAGAUGUACCAGAUGCCUGGAGGAUCUUUGCCACCGAUUCCUCCUUCAGUGCCAUCAGGGUUGACCCCUCCAACACAACAGCAGGCCCUGGCUAGACCAGCAGGUCCCUCUGCGCAAGUGCCAUCUCCUUUUCUACUUCAAAACCAGUACGAACCUGUUCAGCCCCACUGGUUUUACUGCAAGGAGGUAGAAUACAAACAACUAUGGAUGCCUUUCAGUAUGUUUGACUCUUCAAAUCUUGAAGAAAUCUAUAACUCAGUCCAGCCAGACCCCGAGAGCGUGGUUCUAGGCACGGAUGGAGGGCGCUAUGACGUGUAUCUCUAUGACCGAGUGAGGAAGGCUGUGUACUGGGAGGAGGAGCCCGCUGAAGUGAGACGCUGUACUUGGUUCUACAAAGGGGACACGGACAGCAGAUUUAUUCCCUAUACAGAGGAGUUCAGUGAAAAACUAGAGGCUGAAUAUAAAAAAGCAGUAACCACAAAUCAGUGGCACCGUAGAUUAGAGUUCCCAAGUGGAGAGACAAUCGUUAUGCACAAUCCAAAGGUUAUUGUUCAGUUCCAGCCUUCAUCAGUGCCAGAUGAAUGGGGAACCACACAAGAUGGACAGACGAGGCCCAGGGUUGUGAAGCGUGGAAUUGAUGAUAACCUUGAUGAGAUUCCUGACGGGGAAAUGCCUCGGGUUGAUCAUUUGGUGUUCAUGGUACAUGGCAUUGGACCUGUGUGUGACUUGCGCUUUAGAAGCAUUAUUGAAUGUGUGGAUGAUUUUAGGGUGGUUUCUCUGAAAUUGCUGCAGACACAUUUCAAGAAAUCUUUAGACGAUCGGAAAAUAAGCAGAGUGGAAUUCCUUCCUGUUCAUUGGCAUAGUUCCUUGGGUGGGGAUGCCACAGGUGUUGACAGGAACAUUAAGAAAAUUACUUUACCAAGUAUUGGUCGGUUUCGUCAUUUUACCAAUGAAACCUUGCUAGAUAUUUUAUUUUACAAUAGCCCCACCUACUGUCAGACAAUCGUGGAAAAAGUGGGAAUGGAGAUAAACCGUCUGCAUGCACUUUUUAUGAGUCGGAAUCCAGACUUCAAAGGAGGAGUCUCUGUUGCUGGUCACAGUUUAGGUUCUUUAAUAUUGUUUGACAUCCUGUCUAAUCAAAAAGAUUUGAAUUUGUCAAAGUCUCCUGGGCCUUUUGCUGUAGCUAAUGGAGUUGUGAAGCCGCCACAUUUUCAGGAAAAGCAGAUGCCUGAAGAGCCAAAGUUGACUUUGGAUGAGUCUUGUGACCUUGACGUUGAAAAUGAAGAAGUCCUAAGUUUGCAAGAGACUCUGGAAGCACUUAGCCUCUCUGAAUAUGUCAGCACUUUUGAAAAGGAAAAGAUUGAUAUGGAAUCUCUGCUUAUGUGUACAGUCGAUGACCUGAAGGAAAUGGGCAUACCCCUUGGACCCAGAAAGAAGAUUGCUAACUUUGUAAAACAGAAAGCAGCUAAACUGGAACAGAAAAAAGCAGCAGCAGAGAAGAAGGCAGUGAUGGCCGCUUCGACAAAGGGACAAGAGGAAAAUGCUCAGAGAGCUAAAGAAAUGACUUCCCUCCCCUCAGACGCUAACGAGUCCAAGCGGAAACUUCCAGUUGGUGCUUAUGUGUCUUCUGUGCAUGUUGAUUAUGAGUCUUUCGAAGUUGGCACUGGACAGGUUUCUGUUGUUUACAACGCGUUAGACUUUGAGCCAGAGAUUUUCUUUGCCUUGGGAUCUCCAAUUGGUAUGUUUCUCACUAUUCGAGGAGUGGAUAGAAUAGAUGAGAACUACAGGCUUCCUACGUGUAAAGGAUUCUUCAAUAUUUAUCAUCCACUUGAUCCAGUGGCUUAUAGAUUAGAGCCUAUGAUUGUUCCAGAUUUGGACCUGAAAGCGGUUCUCAUCCCACAUCACAAAGGCAGAAAAAGACUUCAUUUAGAGCUGAAAGACAGUCUCUCUCGUAUGGGAUCUGAUUUGAAACAGGGCUUUAUUAGCUCCCUGAAAAGUGCUUGGCAGACGUUAAACGAGUUUGCCCGCGCUCACACCUCUUCAACUCAGCUGCAAGAAGAACUGGAGAAAGUGGCCAAUCAGAUCAAAGAAGAAGAAGAAAAACAAGUAGUUGAAGCAGAAAAGAUUGUUGAAAGUCCAGAUUUUUCCAAGGAUGAGGACUACUUAGGAAAGGUUGGAAUGCUAAACGGAGGUCGCCGAAUUGACUACGUUCUUCAAGAAAAGCCAAUAGAGAGUUUUAAUGAAUAUCUUUUCGCUCUUCAGAGUCAUUUAUGCUAUUGGGAAUCUGAAGAUACUGCUCUGUUGUUACUUAAAGAAAUUUAUCGAACAGUGACCAUCAGUCCAGAACAUCCCCAGCAUUGAUCGGGC